CUCACUAGCAGAGUAACAGUUGUGAGAGAAGCAGAGAAAGGAGACACACAAACAGACACACAAACAUCCAGGAAAUGGCUUCAACCUUUAGCCUCCUGUCUGAGAAGCACUUCCUGUGUUCACUAUGUGAGGACAUCUUCAGCAGUCCAGUCACUACACCGUGUGGUCACAGCUUCUGUAAAGUGUGUCUGCGCAAAUACUGGAGCCGCUCUGGCUCGGGCAAAUGCCCUCUCUGCAGCAAGGCCUUUAUCUCGAAACCUCACCUCAGUGUGAAUCGUAUACUGGCCGAAGUCACAGAGCAUUACAGGAAAUCACGGCUUGACAGGAAAUCGAAAUCUGUCAGUGUAGCGGGAUAUUUAAACGAGAUGAUCGAGAAAACAGAAAUAGAGGUGGAGCAGAUGAUCAAAGAGAGGAUGCAGAAAAUGGACAAACUCAAGCAGUCUCUUAAACUCCUGAAGAGCUCGUGUCUACGGGAAGUACAGGAAAGUCACAGGGUGUUCUCUGCCCUCCUCAGCUCAGUGGAGGCGGCCCACAAAGCCGUGGUGGCAGAGGUUGAGGAGAAACAGCAAGAAGCUGAGAAACAAGUGGACCGACUUCUUAAAGAGCUGGAGAAAGAGAUCGCUGAGCUUCAAAGUGGACAGACAACUCCAGAUCAUCUUCUAGAUAGCAAGGAGUGUCUUAGAAAGAGUUUCAUUCAUUUACCCAGAGAGAUGAGGGACUGGUCAAAAGUCACUCUAGAGACAGAGCCAUGUGUGGGAUUUACCAGGAAAGGCGUGAGCGAUUUCAUCAACACUGUCAGGGCAGAGGAGAACAAACUGUCUAAAGCAGAGCUGAAGAGACUGCAGAUAUACACAGUGGACAUCAAACUGAACCAUCGCACGGCUCACGCCCACCUGUCCAUCUCGGACAACAAGAAGCAGGUCCGAUACACAGACAAACAACAGGAGGUCCCUGAAAAUCCCAAAAGGUUUGACCGUGUGACUAACGUGGUUACUAAGGAAGCUUUUAUCUCAGGUAGACACUACUGGGAAGUGGAAGUAGGAGACAAGACAGAAUGGGACCUCGGUGUUGCCAAGCACUCGGUUAACAGGAAGGGGAAAUUUACAGUCAGUCCUGCAAACAGCUUCUGGACCCUCAGCCUGAGAAAUGGAAAUCAGUACAUGGCCAACACGCUGCCACCAACCUGUCUGUCUCUAACCCCCAAACCCAGAAAGGUGGCCAUUUAUCUGGACUAUGAUGCAGGACGUGUGUCCUUCUUCUGUCCUGAAUCCGGGAUUCAUAUCUACACAUUUACAGACAUGUUUACUGAAAGACUUCAUGCUAUUUUCAACCCCGGACGACUGCAUGGGGGCAAGAACGCUACACCGCUCAUCAUAACCAGUAACUGCUGCACCAUCUGAAAGAUUCUCCUUUGACUCUUCUUGUUUAGACGAUUGCAGCUAAACCUCUAAUCAUCUCUACCUGAGUUCUGCCUAAAAAUAAAAGACCCAGUCCAUAUUAAUUUAUUUCAUUAUAUUGUGUACAAAUAUGUUUAUACCUUGAUUUUACUUUACUGGUAUUUUUUUAAAUAAAUAAAAAAGAAACAGUUUGAACAGAA